AAGAAACAGAUACAGGAGCAGGAUGAACUGCGACGCGACUGGGAUGCCAAAAUUCUCAGCUACGAGGAGCUGAAGCCGAAGACGCAGCAGCCGAGUCCUGACGAAUACAUCAUUGACGUGCGCGAGCCCAAUGAAGUUCUGCAAGGCUCCAUCCCCUCUUCCGUCAACCUCCCGCUCUCCGUUCUCCCCAACUCGCUGCACCUCGACCCGGCCACCUUCAAGGAGAAGUUUGGCUUCGAAAAGCCCCGCCCCGACCAGCCGCUCGUGUUCUACUGCCGCAGCGGCGUGCGGUCCACGUCUGCGUGCGACAUUGCGAAACGAAAUGGGUUUACCAACAUCCACAACUACAAGGGCUCAUGGCUUGACUGGACGGCUCGGGAGGGCAUCAAACCGUCAUCAUAA